GUACUUAUGUACCUAAAACUAAACUUCUUGCAGGGCAGUGGGACUCCGUGAAAAGAAUUUGCAAUGGAAUAAAUAAUUUAAUAUCCAUCUAUAAAUAAAUAUAUUGAAACAUAAAUCAGUGAUGAAUAGUUACACCAAUGACUUAUGAAAGAAAUGUGAUUUACGCUUUCAGAAUAUACACAAUGGGUUGAAAAGCAACUGUGUGCGGCAUUUAUUCUCACUUUUUAUACACGUUAUUUUAUACAGGUCUAUUUUACAAUCAUCUAAUAUCAAUUUAUUGAAAAUGGAGUUAGAUGUAUCACCCGUCGAAAGUAUGGACAUGGAAUAUUCAGACAACUCCUCUGAUAAUAAAUACUUGACAUGCAGUACGAAUGAGCAAUAUACUGUCAUUCGCAUUCCACAAGAUAAUGAAAAGCCUAGUAAACAUUCCUCCAAAAAACAGUCGAAACGAAGGAAAAAAAGUUCUAACCACUCCAGGCCUUUACCAAGAAUCAUAGUUAAACCUUUACCUCCACCUCCACCAGCCGAAAACAGAGAAUGGACGGCCGCGUCAACAUGUACUGAACCAUCUUCAUCAAAUAAACCAUCAACAAUGCGGGAAGUGUUGGCUAGUAUCCCAGGUUUCUGUUUAAAACCAAGAAAAAGAAGUGGAAAAAAAUUGUCCACAGCUGCUCAGUUACAACAAACUAGAGAAGGUUGUAUUGACUUAGAGACACCAGACUCUAUACUUGUUAACACCAAUAUUAGGCAAUUAUUAAAUAAACAUACAUUUUCACUAUUGCCUCCUUUGUAUCAGUGUAAACUUGGACAAUUACUUCCCAAUGUUGAUAGAAUUAGUUCUUCAGGAAGGUUAAGUUCAUCUAGUCUAAAUAAUGAAUUUUUUGCGCGUGCUUGCUUGGAAUGGCAAGAAAGUCUCUCUGGAGGUGAAUUUACACCAGAAAAUCAGCAGAAAAUGAAGACUGAAGCAGAAAAAGAAAAAAGUAAAAUAGAUCCUUGGAAAGUUAAGCAUUUCGAGCCAUUUUGGGGUGAAAAAUCAAGAAAGGAAAAAGCUUCAACAAAUGUAAAUUCAGAACGACCAUCAUUAAAAACCACAAUUAAACUAAGACCAACGGCAUCAAUAACUAGUAGCAGUACUGUACCUAAAGUUAAGAAAAGUAAAUCAUCAAGUAACAGCAAGAGAAUGCGUUCUGUAGGAGCUGUGACACGCUCAUCCUCAAAAGUUGAAGAAAAUGUUGAAGAAUGUAGUAUAGCAACUAACAAAACUGCUGCUCCAAUACCAGAUUUGUUGCCUAUUAAAAAUACUAGGGGGCACAGUCAUGGCUUUGUUGAAUAUCCAAUAGAUUUUAGUUUUUCAGAUUCCUCUGUAGUUAGAAAUGAAGAUACUGUAUCAACUACACCUGUUGAUCCUCUUCUACUUCCAGACAAUGAAAAUGAAAUUAAACAAGAUCUAGAUAUGACUGUAGUUAAAAUAGAGGAAUGCAGUACAUCAAAAGAUUUCGAAGAAGAUAAGUGCAAUGAUUCUGAUAAUAAUUAUACUGAAUGUAGUAAAAGAUUAAGCAGUGAUGAUGAAGAGUACAGAUUUUCAAAAAGAUUAAGGUAUGAUGAAGAACCCACAACACCUAAACACUUUGAAGAAGUAAAGUGUUCAACUUCUGAUAAUGACUCACUGGAAGGCAUAAAGAGAAUAAACAAUGAUUGUGAUAAAUAUUCAUUUUCUAAGAAAAUAAGAUUUGAAGCCAAUCCUACUAAUGACACAGCUUUCAUUCCAAAGCUUGCAGAACAAACAAGUUGUAAUGGUUCUGACAUAGAGACAAAUGAAAAUCCAGAACAAUUAUACCAAAACAAUGAUAAUGAUUACCCAGAGCAUGAUAUUGGUGACACUAACAGUGAAGACAGUAAGGCUACUACCUCUGCUUAUGAAUAUGAUGAACGAAGUGUUUCUUCUAUGUCCAGCUUAAAAAUAGAGGCCCAUCUUAACAAUGUUUCUAUUGUAAAUGAGUCUAAUGAACAUGAAAGAGACUAUGAAAUCAAACAUGACCAAGAAAGCACUAAUUUAAGCUCUGAGAGAGAAACAAGAAGUGAAGAGUCUAGAAAUAAAUUUGUACCUGAACUGUCUGAAAACAGUGAAAAUGUUUACAUGAAUAACAUUCCCACACAACCUGAAGCAUCUCCAAAAAUAACUAAAGAUGACGUGGAUGAGGAAUCUCAUGAAAAUAUUGAAAUGGUAAAGGACACUGAUGAUAAGACACCGGUUCAUCAGAAUGUGGAUUUGAAAAAUGAUGAAAAUGCAAGUGUUCAUAAGUCUCCUGAAAAAUGUAAAGGUGUACAAGAUGCUCCCAAUUAUUAUGAUGAACAUUUUAAGGAUGCUGAGUCAUUUAUCUUAGAGACUGGUGGCUUACCUAUUAUUACAUCUCAGAGUGAAGAUGUAAAGUAUACACCACAGCCAAAUUUCAUGGAACUGACAUCUUAUAUGAGUGAAACAAAUGUUACUGCAAUAGUCACAAUGCCAAUGACACAGACUACUUCCUUGCCAAUGAUGGAGGUGACAAAUACAUCAAUGGUAUCAUACCCUGAAGACAUGCAAGACCCAGCCAAACAUAAGAACUCUUCAAUAUUAUGGAAAUCAGAAAAUGAAUGGGUAAACAAUGAAAACAUAAUAACAUUACAUAAUUUUUCCAACAUGAACACAGACAGUGCAAAGUAUGUGAGUGAAGACUCAAAAACGAGUAUAGAAGAUGUAAAUAUGAAUGAUGAGAACUGCAUGUUUAAAGAGGAGAGAGAUGCUAAUUUUAAUAUGGAGUCGUCAAAUUCAUCAGAGAGCUGUCAAUCAAUGAAAGACACAUUAAAGCAAGAAACAGAUGCAGCACCUAGUUUAGUGUCUAGUACAACUGUAGCAAAUCCUCAAGUGAAUUCUUCAGUGACACACACAGUUAGAUCUUCUGGCAAGAAAUCAAAAUCGGGAAAAGAGUCUAGCAGGAGUCGCAGCACAAACAAAGUGCCUCCAGGAGCAGUGAACCUUGAAAGGAGCUAUCAGAUAUGUCAAGCUGUAAUCCAGAACAGUCCAAACCGAGAUGCCCUGCGGAGUCAGUUGAGGCCUCCUCCGGCCCUUCUGACGAGACCCACGCGGCAACCUCGCCCACCGCCUCCCGUUUUAGUUAGACAAGUGUCUGGAGCUGUGAUACAACACAAUGAGAUAAAUGAGAAUCGGCCAAACAAUAUGGGUCAAUAUAUUCUAGUUCAAAGAACUCCGAAUGUUGCGCCUCGAGCAUCUAGUGCGCCACCCACCAAUCAGAAUAUAAAUAUUAACGUAACGCGAUGCAGAAGUGUGGGCGCGGACGAUUCGUGCGUGUGCAACUUGCGUGCAAUGAUUCUGUGCAAAAAGUGCGGAGCCUUCUGCCACGACGACUGCAUCGGGUCCGCAGAACUCUGUCUCACCUGCCUUAUACGCUGACCACACGAGCUCGUCCGAAUACCUUGCCAUAUCCAAGCAAUAGACUGAUAAUUAUUUUACUUUUGUGUUAAGAGUGCAGUGAUACAUUGGAUGGUAGAGUGAAUAAUGAAGCCAAAUGGAAUGUAAUGCGGUUGUAUGAACGGUGGUGCUAAAUGAUUUAAACAUGUCAAGUCUUCACUUAUUUUCGAGAACAUUUUAGAACGGAGAGUGGCAUGUAGAUCAGGACUGUCUCUGAGACACUUUUUAUUUAUAAUUCAGUAAAAUAGUGUAAAUAAAUUGUAUCAUUUUGAUAAUAAUCACUGCGAGUGCGGUAAUUCUAUGAAUGAGCAAAUGAUCCCACAGCGAUAGUACUGUGGGAUGUUUAGGUGCAGUACUAAAAUAUGUAAAAGAUAUAUUUAUACAGUGUAUAUUUCAAAUAAAUUGUACCUUUGUUAGCAAUACCUAGCUUGUGGAUGGAUA